AUGCCGAAUGAGUUGGUGUGGCUGAGCAGCGAUAUCGACGCUGACCGCCGGUUUGACAGCCGAGCCAAACGUCGACGCUUUCUGUGUUUGCGGGGAAUUCAAGUCAGUUUGCGCAGUUUAGCUUCUCAAGCCGCACGCGACAUCGCAUUGAAGGAGCCAUCAAGGUCCGUGCCUUCCUCCUGUCUCUCCACCACUCGCACCUCGUCCGCCGCCACCAUGUCUGCCCCAACCACAAUGAAAGCCGUCGUCAUCCAGGGCCCCGAACAGGUCGCCGUCCUGGAGCGUCCCAUCCCCAAACCGGGCAAAGGCGAAGUCGUCGUCAAGGUCAGCCUCGCCGCUCUCUGCGGUUCCGACCUGCACAUCUACCGCGGUCACCAACCCGUCCCCAAGUACGAUUUCGUGCUUGGCCACGAAUUCGUCGGCGAGAUCUACGAGACCGGCGACGGCAUCACGAACUGGAAAAAGGGCGACAAGGUCGUCUCGCCCUUCACCAUCUCGUGCGGCGAUUGCUUCUUUUGCAACCGCAACCAGACCGGUCGUUGCACCCAGUCGCGCGUCUUUGGCUCCGUUCCGCUCGACGGCGCUCAGGCAGAGUACGUCCUCGUUCCGCUCGCAGACACUACGCUCUACCCGAUUCCCGAAGAUGUUCCGGACGAGAUCAUGCUUCUCACCGCCGACAUCUUCCCCACCGGUUACUUUGUCGCCAACAAUGCUUAUACUAUGCUCAACGAAGCCGAACGCAAGGACGUCACUGCUGUUGUGAUCGGAUGCGGUCCCGUUGGCCUCUGCGCCAUCACCGCCGCUUGCUCCUUCUUCAAGACGGUCUACGCUGUCGAUUCGGUACCUGAACGUCUCGCCGAAGCCAAGAAGCACGGCGCCAUCCCCCUCCACCUCACCGACGACGACCCGGUCAAGACCGUCAAGGAAGCCACCGGAGGCAGAGGCGCAGAUGUCGCCCUCGAAGUCGUCGGCGCAGGUCCCGCUCUCGACCUCGCCGUCUCGAUCGUACGCAACUUUGGCGUCGUCUCCUCCUGCGGCAUCCACACACACACCGUCACCCUGCAAGGUCCCGACCUGUACAACAAAAACUUGCGCUUCCAGUUUGGUCGUUGCCCCGUCCGCGCCGUCUUUGACCCUGCCGUCAAACUGCUCAGCAAACACCACGAUCUCUUCAAGAGCUUCAUCCAGCACACGAGGCCCAUCGAAGACGCUCCUGAAUACUACAAGUUGUUCAACGACAGGAAGGUGUUGAAGACAGUAUUCAAGAUGGAGCACACCAAGUAA